CGAAGGGUCUCUGAUCGUAGUGCCGCGUUAGCAGCAUCCUGCAGUAGUGAGAAGAAGCCCCGGUGGGGUGGCAAUGGGGGCCUACGCUUCACCGGACACGUCGAGCGCAGGGGACUCGGGCUGGACAACGACGAGCAGGACUUCGAGGCUGACUCUGAGAACUUCGAGGUUGACUCCGGGGACUGUGACUUGGAGCUUGGCCGCGGUGGGGUGACUAAGAAGGAUGACAAUGACGAGGUCAUCGGGAUCAAGCCCUUUGGCGCCGUCAAGAGGUUCCUCUCCCAAGAUGACUUAAGCACCAUGCCUACUGCUGGUUUUGAUGGUCCUUCAGAAAGGCCAGCAAAAAGGAAGAGAAAGAACCAAUUCGGGGAUUUCAAUCAGCGCCCCUUGGGUAAGUGGGCUGCUAAAAUCAGAGAUCCUAGCAGCAAGGGUGUCCAUAUUUGGCUCGGUACUUUCAACAGUGCUGAAGAAGCUGCAAGAGCUUAUGAUGCUAAAGCACGCAGGAUCUAUGGCAAGAAGUACAAGGUUUACACAAAGAGGGAGAAUGCCGGCAACUGGAAUUCUGGACCUGAAAAAGCUACGUUAGAGUUACCUAUUCUGCACAUCUCCAAAUGA